UUAUCGACUCGCCCGGUGUGUGCACGACCGCGAAAAGUCUUACAUACACAAAGGAAGAAAGAAAAGAUUGAGAAACGAUUGAAUAGCAGAUAUACUACUACUACCACCACAUAUAUUGAGGAUGUUUAGAACCAAUCAGAUUGUAUCCCAAGUGGGGAACACGGCGUUGGUGUUCCGUAGAAACAUCGCCAUGAAGGGGGAUGUCCAUCUUUCCAACAGAAGAGUGAUGAGAAAGAUCAGAGUUGGUAAGGCUAGACCUGCCAUUUUCCAUCAGUUUGAAACUUUGGUGGAACUUAGUGAUGGUUCUGUAGUGAAACGUACUUCUCAAGCGCCAAAGGACGAAAUCCGUAUGAUCAACGACCAACGUAACAGCAUGUUGUGGAACCCUAAUAGAUCUGAUUUGAUUUCGGUGGAUGCAAACGCUGCUGACAGAGUCAACAAGUUUAAACAAAGAUUUGCAUCUUUUGAUAAGUUUGAAACUGAACAAGAUAGAAUCAGAAAGACUAUUGCUGCCAAUGAAAAGACCGAAACCACCGGAAAUGCCGCAGCUCCAGUUGUUGUUGAAGAAGAAACUGACGAUUAUAUCGAAUUGAUGGGAAUGAACGUACAAGAAGUUAAAGGUGGUCAAGUCUUUAGCAGAAAGGCCAACAGAAAGAAGAAGUAGUCGAGACGUCGAGACACUCUCCAUCCACACACACACACCCCUGUAUAUAUACAUAGAAAGAGAACAAGAACCGGCAUAUGGUUUGAUACGAGC